CAGCAGGGGUUCCGGGCUGCGGGAUGAAAGGAGGGAACGCAGGUGAGAAAGCGAGACCAGCAGGUAGGGAAACCGUGAGGUGAACGCUUUCCUGAGUAUCGCGGAGGCUGGAGAGACGGCGAGGACGCCGAAAAAAAAAAAACAAAUUGACAGCUGUCAGAGAGAGAAGUUGACCGCCAUGGAAUCACCAGAAGAGCCUGGAGCAUCCAUGGAUGAGAACUACUUUGUGAACUACACUUUCAAAGAUCGGUCACAUUCAGGCCGGGUGGCUCAGGGCAUCAUGAAACUGUGUCUGGAGGAGGAGCUCUUUGCUGAUGUCACCAUUUCAGUAGAGGGCCGGGAAUUUCAGCUCCACCGGCUGGUCCUCUCAGCUCAGAGCUGUUUCUUCAGGUCCAUGUUCACUUCUAACCUGAAGGAGGCCCACAACCGGGUGAUUGUGCUGCAGGAUGUCAGCGAGUCUGUUUUCCAGCUCCUGGUUGAUUAUAUCUACCAUGGGACUGUGAAACUUCGAGCUGAUGAGCUGCAGGAGAUUUAUGAGGUGUCAGAUAUGUAUCAGCUGACAUCUCUCUUUGAGGAAUGUUCUCGGUUUUUGGCUCGCACAGUCCAGGUGGGAAACUGUCUUCAGGUGAUGUGGCUGGCAGAUCGGCAUAGUGAUCCUGAGCUCUACACUGCUGCCAAGCACUGUGCCAAGACUCACCUGGCCCAGCUGCAGGGUACAGAGGAAUUUCUCCACUUGCCCCAGCAUCUACUCACUGAUAUCAUCUCAGAUGGAGUUCCAUGUUCCCAGAAUCCAACAGAAGCAAUAGAAGCCUGGAUCAAUUUUAACAAAGAGGAAAGAGAGGCUUUUGCAGAAUCACUAAGGACUAGUUUGAAGGAAAUUGGGGAGAAUGUACACAUUUAUCUAAUUGGGAAAGAGUCAUCUCGUACCCACUCGUUGGCUGUGUCCUUGCACUGCGCGGAAGAUGACUCCAUCAGUGUAAGUGGCCAAAACAGCUUGUGCCACCAGAUCACUGCAGCCUGCAAGCAUGGCGGAGACCUGUACGUGGUAGGAGGCUCCAUCCCACGGCGCAUGUGGAAGUGCAAUAAUGCCACCGUUGACUGGGAGUGGUGUGCGCCUUUGCCCCGGGACCGACUUCAGCACACUCUGGUGUCUGUGCCUGGGAAAGAUGCCAUAUACUCACUGGGUGGCAAGACACUGCAGGAUACCCUCUCUAAUGCUGUUAUUUAUUAUCGGGUGGGUGAUAAUGUCUGGACAGAGACAACCCAGCUAGAGGUGGCUGUGUCAGGGGCAGCUGGUGCCAACCUCAAUGGGAUCAUUUACUUACUAGGUGGGGAGGAGAAUGACCUAGACUUCUUCACCAAACCUUCCCGACUCAUCCAGUGCUUUGACACAGAGACAGACAAGUGCCACGUGAAGCCCUAUGUGCUGCCUUUUGCAGGCCGCAUGCAUGCAGCUGUGCAUAAAGAUCUGGUGUUCAUCGUAGCUGAAGGAGACUCCCUGGUAUGCUACAAUCCCCUGCUAGACAGCUUCACCCGGCUUUGCCUUCCUGAGGCCUGGAGCUCUGCCCCAUCCCUCUGGAAGAUCGCCAGCUGUAAUGGGAGCAUCUAUGUCUUCCGGGACAGAUAUAAAAAGGGGGAUGCCAAUACAUACAAGCUUGACCCUGCCACUUCUGCUGUAACUGUCACCAGAGGCAUCAAGGUGCUGCUUACCAAUUUGCAGUUUGUAUUGGCCUGAGGCUGUGGGAGGAAGAGCUGCUGCCUCCUGUGCCCUUUCCUCUUCCAGCACCCACCCAUUCAAAUUCAAAGUUCCCUAGGCCCCAGUUCUAAGAACUGUGUUAUACUUUGGCACAUAUUAGAAAGGCAGCACCUCAGCCCUUCCCCGAACCCAGUUUCUUGUUUGCGGCUUUUGAGACUGCUGCUGUUCAGCUGGCUGCUUAAACUCAAAGUAGGCCAGCCUGUUCUCUGCCACCCCCUAGUAACCCUGUGCCUCACAGGACUGGAGCAAGCCUCCCCUCUUUACGUGAUCAAUGUUAAAUAGAAGCACUCCUGAUCCCAGGGCACAAGGAAAGAUGCCCAAUCCUACUAUUUUCUAUUGCCUGCGAAGUGGCCAGUUGAUAAUUUUUCCACAAAGAAUUAGGUGUUAAGGGUUUUCCUUCAUGCUUUGUUGAGAGAAUGGACUAAGCUGAAGGUGAAUUUCACCAGCAAGAGUCAAAUCUAGAAUUCAGGAUGUUCCUUUUAUUGUUUUCUUAUCUGUCAAGAAAUGUAUCCUUUCUUGUUUUAUUUUUGGCUUAUUCUAUUCCUCUGUGAGGGGAAUAAGCCAGAAAUAGAAAGGUUUAUUUCUGAUUAAUAGCAGAAACUUUUUUCACAAAUAUGUAAGAUCUCUGCUCUUUUUAAAAGCUGUAAGUUAAUCAAGAGCUAAGAACUGUUCAUACAAAUAAAGUUUUUCAAGGGA